AUGUUCUCAAUACGGCUUGUGCCACUAGGCGCUACCAUACUUUGGUUCAUGAUGACGCCCUUGGUAUCUACAUCAAUCCCAAAUGAUCCGAGACAAGCAGUGACCGCCGCUCCCCCGCCAAAACCAUGGAUCACCAUCGACGAGGUUGGAGCUGCACGCACCAUCACGCCGACCGUCACCACGACGAACCAAGCCGUUCAGACCAUUUCAGGGGCCCCGAGCACCCUGACUGCAGAGUCCACCUGGUUCCUGUCCAACAACGGCAUGACUACCACUACAGUCUUUGCUCCACACCCUGCUCCAACUUCCGAUUAUGGCAAGAAAAAUGGUGCAUUGAUGGUCUGUGAAAACUAUUACGGUGAAGAUAUGCCAUUCUGUACGCCGAAGCGAGGCAGCAUGCUCAAUCCAAACUCGACUUAUUACAUUACCUGGGACCCUCAAAAGUUUGCUCACCAAGACGACAAGGUCAAGAUCGAAGUUGUGUACGAUGACAGCCGAGCAGAGGUGAUAGCCCAGAGCGUCAAAGCAUCAGUCGGCUACUACGCCUGGACAAUACCAGCCGACAUGCUUACCAAGUCCAACAGCGCCGCCGUGAACGCCAGCAUCAAGUACAAUUACCAGUCUCAUGACAGCUCCGAGUUUAACGAGAUCCGCGGCAACGGACCCCGGGUCGUCAUCACCGAGGAUUUCAUGUGGCCCGUACACGACGCCGGCAGGGAUGGCUCUCCCGGGCCUGUUUCAAACAUCGUCAUCGUUCCCAUUGUCGUCGUGUUGCUCGUUGUUGUAGGCCUCUACUGCUGCUGGAGUUAUCGCAAGAAGGGCACCGUCCCUCUCGCCGCGGCCUUUGCAACCCUGAAGCGGAGAUUUGGGCGAGGCCGCGUUUCUCAGGGGUAUGGGGUGCGCAAGAGCCGCCCGGAGAGGACUGGGACGGCCAAUCCGACCCAUGACGCCGAGAUACCUAGGGUUGCUGCGCGCGGGGACUCGUUCCGUGCCAACCACCAGCCCGAGGACAAGACACCAGGGAUCCAGCUUACCAGUAGUGAUAGCUGGUCGCCCACGUCGACGUCUGGGAGGAACGUGUUCCGGGAAGAGAUUCAGAGACAACAGGGCCGGAAGUAA